AUGAUCCGCUUACACGACGUCGUCACGGAGCAGAUAGAGAGACCCUCCUCUGCUGCUGACAAGCCCUUCGUCUGGAGGAUGCAUCAGCCAGAGACAAGGAAGUACCAGCUCUUCCCCAAGGACAAGCAGAUCAACUCUGCUCCUGGGAAGCAGCUCGAUCCGGAGCAGGCCUUCGCGCUGGCGAUGGGUCAGAAUGGAGACAAGACGGACAAGCCACCUGCUGGCAACGGACUGAGACUGAGAAUCAAGGAGCAUAACCUCAUCCGAAGGAGGAAAGUGAGCGUGCCAGAGCUGGGUCCUAUGACUACAGUACAGGAGGUUCCAAUGGACUCUCCUACUAUUCCUGGCCGACCGCCACUGCACGAGAGGUCUAUAAGCGCUCCUGGCAAUAGCUGGAGACCGCACCACCUCGCCGAGUGCAUGACAGCUCCAGCCAUUGCUGAUGAGGACGAGAACGAGAACAGCCCCGUGUCAAACACUCCCGCCGAAGUACAGAAGUCCAUGGUUACCACUCGCCAGCCUCUGUCCCCGAAGAACCUAGCUCCACUAGUCAUCCCUAGCCAGAUGUCGGCUGUUCCUAGACUAACAAGACAGCUUUCACUAAGCCGCCUUCGAUCAGGAAGUACGCCUGUAGAAUCAUCUGUACGAUCCGCGCGUACGGAUGAGUCUCCAAAGACCAGGACUCCAUAUACGCCGAUGUCUGCCUCUACCGCACUUACUACGCCAAAAUCCGCUACCACAGCGGUGACAGCUUCUACCAACUCCACGCUACCUACUCCAGUCUCUGCCCCGAUCGAGUCACGAUCCUAUUCUCCCAAGCCGUGGGGCGACACGAAUCAUGUUACUACACCCAAGGAGCAGGUUGCCGACCCGAUGUCGACACCUAAGGCUGAGAACGAGCCACGCAGCACUCCGGUUCUCAUGGGCCACAGAAGAGGCCAGUCAGAAUCUGGAAGCAUCAUGGAGCGAGGCAGACCCAGAAAGAGAGGUGAAGUGGUUGGUGCAGUGCCGGGUCUCAAGCGAGCGGCAUCGAAGAGGAGUAAGAGUGCGGAACGCCGGGCUUUUGAAAGUCUGCCAAAGGGUUGGAAAGCGAGCGAUGCCACGAAUAUGUUGAACCAGACGGAAGCAGCCGCUCUACAGAGACAAGCACUACAACAAGCCGCGCGAUUUGAGGUUCUUCGCAAGGACGAUGUCGAUAACCUCUCAAGAGAGCUGAGACAUCUCGAUGAGCGCACCGAGUACCUGCGCCGUACCUACCAGUCUCUCAGGGCCGGUCGCCGCAACCUUCACUCGAGGAUCUGUACUUACCUUCGGUCGCCUCGUACGGCCAAGUUUAGCACGGAGUCAAUGCUUAAGCAGGAGGAAGCGCUUGCAGAGCUUGACUCUUCCAUCGAUGAUUGGGUUACGAAACUUGAUCAAGCCGAGAACCGCCGCACUCGGGUUCGUCAAAAGCUCCUUGAGCACGUUGCUGCCGCUGUUAUUCUCCCAACAAGCGGUGUCGUGAAUGUUAGCGAAAGUCUACAGCUCGCUAUGGGUAUCAAUCCCGCUAGCAUGCACGAGAUCUCAACACCUCCCCGGUCACCUACCAAGUCUGUCUCUUUCUCUCAUACUCAAUCAAGCUCUCCUUCACCUCAACGAGUUGUCGCUCACGUACCCUCCACCAUUCUGGAGCAGCCCCUUGUGGAGGAAGCUGCUGCCAUCGGCUUUGGGAGCCCCAAUGAGACCAAGGACGCAGAAGCGAUCGCAGCUAUCCGCCGUGCUGAUGUGGAGAGCAUCCGUAUCUAUGCUGGCGACGAUGUCUACGCUCUGCUUGCUGAUGUCGAAAACGAAAUUACCAAGAUGAGCGGUGGUGAAGCGUCAGCUCCCAAAGACCCAAAUCUUUCCGAUGAGGAGCGAAGGCAACUUCACCGAGCUCGUAGUCACGAAUUGCUCAACAGUGCUGCUAUGGCAAGCAACAACAACACUCCCAAUGCCAAAGCAGCUGCUGUUUCAACACCGCGAUCUGGUACUCCUGUCAAGGAGAUGAAGCAAGACGACGGCGAGGUCCUUCUCACCAAUGCCGUCUUCCGCCCAGAGAAAUCUGUGCUGGCCAUGUAA